AUGAAUCCCGCCCAUCUCCCCCUCGGCAAACAACUCCCGCACCUCCGCAAAACCCUCUCCACGAACGGCACGCUGCUCCAGGUGCUCUCCCUCGCGCAGAAGCUCGCCCUGCCGAACUGGUAUCUCGCCGGCGGCGCCGUCUCCCAGACGAUCUGGAACUCCGUCUCGGGCCUGCCCGCCGAGACGGGCAUCUCGGACUACGACCUCGUCUACUUCGACGCCUCGGACACCUCGUACGAGGCCGAGGACGCCGCGAUCCGCCGCGGCCGCGACGUCUUCGCGGGGGUCGCCGCCGCCGACGUCGAGAUCCGCAACCAGGCGCGCGUGCACCUGUGGUACGAGUCCCGCUUCGGCGUGCCGUGCCCGCGGCACGAGUCGGUCGAGGCGGGCAUCGACUCGUGGAUCUCGACGAGCGCCAUGAUCGGCGUCAGACUGGAGGCCGGCGGGGAGUGGAGCGUGUACGCGCCGAGGGGACUUUCGGACUUUUACGGGAUGGUCGUGAGGCCGAACCCGAUGAUUGGGAACAGGCAUGCGUACGAGAAGAAGGCGAGGCGGUGGCUGGGCAUCUGGAAGGGGUUGACGGUGAUGCCGUGGCCAGAGAACCAGACGCCGUUGACGUUUGAGAAGGAUGAGUGA